AUGCGUCUCAUCACUCUAUCUUCGGCUGUGCUGGCGCUGGCCUCCGCCGUCGCUGCCGCCACCGGCAAGGCGGAGGGCUUCGCGGCCAGCGUCACGGGAGGCGGCAACGGCAGGACCGUGUACCCUUCCAGCAACUCGGAGCUGGUCAACUACCUGGGCAGCAGCGAGCCGCUCAACAUUGUCCUGACCAAGACGUUUGACUUUAUCGGCUCCGAGGGCACGGCCACCGAGGACGGCUGCCUGCCCUGGGGUACCGGCUCCAAGUGCCAAAAGGCCAUCAACAAGGACAACUGGUGCGGCAACUACCAGCCCAACGCGCCGAGGACGCGCAUCACCUACGACAAGGCCGGCAUGCUCGGCAUCACCGUCGGCUCCAACAAGUCCAUCGUCGGCCAGGGCAACAAGGGCGUCAUCAAGGGCAAGGGCCUGCGCAUGGUCAGCAACGUCAAGAACAUUAUCAUCCAGAACAUCAAAAUCACCGAGCUCAACCCCGAGUUUGUCUGGGGCGGCGACGCCAUCACCAUCAACGGCGCCGACCUCGUCUGGAUCGACCACGUCACCACCUCCCGCAUCGGCCGCCAGCACAUGGUCUUUGGCAACCAGGCGUCCGGCCGCGUCACCGUCUCCAACUGCGACAUUGACGGCCGCUCCAGCUGGUCCGCCGACUGCUCCGGCAACCACUACUGGGGCAUGUACUUCACCGGCUCCCAGGACAUGAUCACCUUCAAGAACAACUACGUCCACCACACCAGCGGUCGCUCCCCCAAGGUCCAGGGCAACACCCUCCUGCACGCCGUCAACAACUACUUCUACUCCAACCCGGGCCACGCCUUUGAGACCGCCUCGGGUGCCAUGGUUCUCGCCGAGGGCAACGUCUUCCAGAACGUCAAGGCCACCGUCGAGAACGGCGGCGGCCAGAUGUUCUCCUCCCCCGACACCAACACCAACGCGCAGUGCAGGUCCGCCCUCGGACGUCCCUGCCAGCUCAACGCCUACGGCAGCUCUGGCAAGCUGACCGGUACCGACACGGGCUUCCUCGUCAACUUUAAGGGCAAGACGAUUGCCGCCGCCAGCACGGCCAACGUCGCCAAGGGCGUGGUCAACACCGCUGGCUACGGCCGGGUCUGA